GACGCCCCGCCUGCGCCGCGGGCCCGAGUAGUGGGCGCGGGGCGGCCCGCUCGGCUCCUCCGCACCCGCUCCCCGCUCGGGCCGAGGCGCCGCGGCCGCGCGCCCCUCCUGGAGGAGGAGGAGGAAGGAGGCGGGAGGAGGAGUUGCCGAGAGGAGAAGGCGAGCGCGGCAGUCGCGCCGGCGCUGGGCGAGGAAGCGGAGCCGGGCCGCCUCCGGAAAAUGGCUCCAAAGGUUAAAUGAAGCAGGAAAAAUACAUAGAUGCAGCCUUGCAGCCUCUCCAGAUGUUUGGGGAUAAUAUUCCAGAUAGAAAUAUUGAUCCCUUGGAUUAGGUAACUAGUCAUAAUGAAGAAAAUUAGUCUUAAAACCUUACGGAAAUCUUUUAACUUGAAUAAAAGUAAAGAAGAAACUGAUUUCAUGGUAGUACAACAACCAUCGCUAGCCAGUGACUUUGGAAAAGAUGAUUCCUUAUUUGGUAGCUGCUAUGGUAAUGAUAUGGCCAGCUGCGAUAUCAACGGUGAAGAUGAAAAAAGCGGAAAAAACAAAUCAAAAAGCGAUAGCCUGAUGGGUACGCUAAAAAGGCGGCUUUCUGCAAAACAGAAGUCAAAAGGCAAGGCGGGCACACCCUCUGGGAGCUCUGCCGAUGAGGACACCUUCUCCUCCUCCUCAGCACCCAUAGUCUUUAAAGGCGUGAGAGCUCAGAGGCCGAUAAGGUCCACCUCGCUCCGCAGCCAUCACUACAGUCCCACGCCCUGGCCUCUGCGGCCCACAAACUCCGAAGAGACCUGCAUCAAGAUGGAGGUGAGAGUCAAGGCCUUGGUUCACUCUUCCAGCCCGAGUCCAGCCCUGAAUGGCGUCCGGAAGGAUUUCCACGACCUCCAGUCUGAGACCACGUGCCAGGAGCAAGCCAAUUCACUGAAGAGCUCGGCUUCUCAUAAUGGAGACCUGCAUCUUCACCUGGAUGAACAUAUGCCUGUCGUUAUUGGACUUAUGCCUCAGGACUACAUUCAGUAUACUGUGCCUUUAGAUGAGGGGAUGUAUCCUUUGGAAGGAUCACGGAGCUAUUGUCUGGACAGCUCUUCUCCCAUGGAAGUCUCUGCGGUUCCUCCUCAAGUGGGAGGGCGCGCUUUCCCCGAGGAUGAGAGUCAGGUAGACCAGGACCUAGUUGUCGCCCCAGAGAUCUUUGUGGAUCAGUCCGUGAAUGGCUUGUUGAUUGGCACCACGGGAGUCAUGUUGCAGAGCCCGAGAGCGGGUCACGAUGAUGUCCCUCCACUCUCACCAUUGCUACCUCCAAUGCAGAAUAAUCAAAUCCAAAGGAACUUCAGUGGACUCACUGGCACAGAAGCCCACGUGGCUGAAAGUAUGCGCUGUCAUUUGAAUUUUGAUCCGAACUCUGCUCCUGGGGUUGCAAGAGUUUAUGACUCAGUGCAAAGUAGUGGUCCCAUGGUUGUGACAAGCCUUACAGAGGAGCUGAAAAAACUUGCAAAGCAAGGAUGGUACUGGGGACCAAUCACACGUUGGGAGGCAGAAGGGAAGCUAGCAAACGUGCCAGAUGGUUCUUUUCUUGUUCGGGACAGUUCUGACGACCGUUACCUUUUAAGCUUGAGCUUUCGCUCCCAUGGUAAAACACUUCACACUAGAAUUGAGCACUCAAAUGGUAGGUUUAGCUUUUAUGAACAGCCAGAUGUGGAAGGACAUACGUCCAUAGUUGAUCUAAUUGAGCAUUCAAUCAGGGACUCUGAAAAUGGAGCUUUUUGUUAUUCAAGGUCUCGGCUGCCUGGAUCUGCAACUUACCCCGUCAGACUGACCAACCCAGUGUCCCGGUUCAUGCAGGUGCGCUCGUUGCAGUACCUGUGUCGUUCUGUUAUACGUCAGUAUACCAGAAUAGACUUAAUUCAGAAACUGCCUUUGCCAAACAAAAUGAAGGAUUAUUUACAGGAGAAGCACUACUGAAAGAUUGAGAACCCUGCAUCUUGCACUUUGGGAAUAAGAACAAGAGAUUGAAAUACAGUUUACAAACUUUUCAUUGCCAUCAAAAUCUUUUGCUGCCAUAACUAUUUCAGUUUUAUGUGUAAAAGAGUCAUCAGUUUGUUUAGGGGUGGGGAAGUGUCAGCAAGGUGUCUUGGGUUUAUUUUGGUUCUUUAAAAAAGGGAAGUCUUGAGGUUUUAGAGGUGUGAAUUAUGUUUCAUCAAUGUGCAGAAUAAUCACAAUGUGAAUUAUUAAAUUCUCCUCAAUGCCCCCCCCCGCCCAGUCCUUUGCUGCUAUCCACUGUGAUUUUUAUGCAUUAAAAGCACAUUUCAUGUGUAUUCAACCCUAAGUAAAGUUGAAUGAAACUUAACAGAAUGGAAAUUGCUAUGUCUUUUUAAAUGGUCCAUUUUCAAAAGACAGUGUUGAAUAAACAUACCUGCGUGAUAAAACACAGAAUUUACAUAUACACUGAAGAUGAGUUUUUAAUCUCUUACUUUAAAAAGAUUUAUUUAGAAUCGUGAAUUGACAUAAUCUUGGGUAAUGGAACGGAGAUCUGCAACAUAUCUUUUAACAACACUUUUUUCUAAAUUAUUUCUAAAGUUGUGCUAAUUCUUUUGGUUGUGAAAAGUUGAGUUUUUCUGUUGCCUUCGUUUUCAUCUUCUAGUUUGUCUAUUUUAAUAAAUGGCCUUACAUUAAAAAAUUGUAAAGAAGUGUAUACCAUCAAAUUAGAAAUUGUUGCCUUUUCUGUAAUUAAACUCGGGUACAAAUUGGCAUAACAUGAAAACCUAUGGAACUAGAAUUAUUAUUAAAGAAAUAUUAGAUGAAAAAAAAAA